AUGGUACAAACAGGUGAAUUUCUCGCCUCUAAAAUUUCAAAUAUUGUUGAUAAAAUUGGCUCUAGUAAAUUUAUAGCUUGUAUAACAGAUAAUGGAAUAAAAGUUAGGUCUGUUGAUCAUGUUUUAAAACAAGCAAAUCAAAUUGUUCAAUUUUUUAAAAGGUCAUAUAGGGCAAAUCAACUUCUUUGUGAUAAUAUUAAAAGUAUGAAAUUAGGUGGCAGUAGUUUAGAAAUGUAUGUUAAAACAAGAUGUGCUUCUAUUUUUAGAACUAUGUCUUCCAUUGUAAGACUAAAGCCUGUUUUUGAUAAAAUCUUAGAUGAAAAUUAUGAUGUAAUUAGUCAACAAGCUAUUAUUUCAUUAUUAAAUAAUGAUGAUGAUACAUUUUAUACAAAUUGUCAUCGAAUAGCAUUUAUAAUCCAACUUAUUAAAGAAGCAAUAUAUAACCUGGAAGCACGUACUGCAAAUCUUGCUGAUUGCUUUUUAUACAGCACUUAUCGAACAUGUUUGUCUUCAAAAAAAAUUGAAAGUAUGGCUCAAAUUCAUUCUUUUUAUAUUUUUAACCUUAAAAAUGAACUUCAUUAUUAUAAAAAAGAGUUAUCUGAAAGUGAACUACAUGAUAGUGCAUUAGCUUUAACUACUUAUGCUGAUAUGGAAAAUAAUAGUAUAAAACCAAAACAAAAUAAAGAUGUUUUGAAAUCUGCUCAAUUAAAUAAUAACAAACUUGCAAUCAGCCUAAUAGUCAAUUUUUCACAUGCAAAUUUUAGUAGACAAAGUAAUGCCGAAGAAUUAUCUUAUACAACACAAAGUGGUAAUAUGGAAUUCAAUCCUGUAGCAAUCAUAAAAAGAGAAUUUCAAUUUGUUAAUGAUGAUUUAUUAUAA